GGAAACAUCCCAUUUGCGAGGAGAAAACUGUUGCGCUGUGCUCCCACCAAGCUCAGCCCCCCGGGCUGCGCUGGCAGCGGUCCCAUUCCUGUCCGUCCUUCCCGAUGUCUUCUAGGUAGGCAAGCACCAGCAGUGCGCUUCUGCCCCCCAGCCGGCAGCUGCUCCAUCCCGGAGCGCCCUGGUGCCGAGGAUUCUUCACCGACUGCGUCCUCAGCCCACGGGGAUGUCCCCCCGCAUCCCGCAUCUCCCCCGUCACCCUCCCAUGUCACCUACAAGGACUACAUUCGCUGCCUGCCAGUUCACCUCUCCCAGUACAUCCUGGGGCUUUUGGACAUCAAAUCCCUUAAAGCAUGUGCCGCUGUGAGUAGAUACUGGGCUUUUCUGGCCAAAAAAGUCGAGGAGGAGCAGCUGUGUCAAAAAGCAGUACAGAAGAGAAUCCAGUGUUUGCAGGGGUUGUACCCUCGGGGAGCAGUUUCCAACUACGCUAAAAUGGUCGAUGUGGCAAUUCCACAGUUAGAUGAAAAGGGACGUACCAUCAAAGUGAGAGACCACAGCUCUGGAAGCAACACAAAGGAGGACAAGGAGGAGAAGGAAAACAACGUGCAGGCAGCCUAUUGUGAUCUGCAAACUGACACGAUCCAGCUGGAAGAGAGGAAUGUGUUCUGUGGUUCCUACAAUGUCCGUGUCCUCACUGACCGAUCAGACCCAAACAGAGUAAUCCACUAUGCCGGGGGAGACCUGGUAGCCAUUGGCUCUGCAGACCGAAAAGUGAGGAUUUUUAAUGUGCUGGCAAUGAGAGAAGUGCCACCUGUGCUCUCUGGGCACACUGGGAGCAUCAGAGCGCUGCUGCUGGAUGAGAAGAAAGGGCUCAUUCUUAGCGCGUGCUGCGAUCUCAGCAUCAGAUGCUGGAAUAUACACAGUGGUGCUUGCGUGAAAAUCUUUAAUGGUCACUGUGGAACCAUCACCUGCUUGGACUUGCAUGAGAAGAAGUUUGUGUCGGGAGGCAGAGAUGGGAUGGUGAAAGUGUGGAACUUGGAUGGCGGGGUAUGUCUCAAGACUCUGAAACACAGCAAUAUGGUUUACGCUGUUAAAAUGGAUGGAACCCAUGUCGUCAGUGGGUGUGACAGAGGGCUGGUGAAAGUCUGGCAUGCUGGCACAGGCACUCUGCUCAAAGUAUUAGAAGGGCACCUGGGCCCGGUGAGGUGCUUGUCCUUUGAUCAGUGGCACCUUGUCUCAGGAAGCAGUGAUGGAUAUGCCUUGGGAUGGAGCAUGGUGGGAGACCUUAAGAGGUGCCUAACAGCCUUCCGCCACCCGAAGGAAGUUCUGUCUCUGGAGUUGCUCUAUCUCCGAGUUGUCAGUGGCUGCGCUGAUGGAAAGAUCCGUGUAUUUAACUACCUGACUGGGAGCUGCCUGAGAGUGUUGACAGGCAGCAGCAGAGGGGACCCCAUAUCUUUCUGCAUUGCCAAAAACAGGAUGGUGGUCAAUGCACCCAGCAGCCUGCUGAUGUUCCAGUUUGAGGAUGUCAUGUGGGACUACACGCUAGGUGCUGGCCGAGAGAUGGUGCGGAAGGAAAAGCAGGAGACCUGGCCUUUGGGCAGAGCGCCCGCUGGCUCCCAGGAGCCCAAGAGCCUCAUUGCCAGCCAGAUGCGUCGCCUCACUCUGGAGACACGAGCCCUCUUCAAUGAUCUGAUAAAACCAGCACCUUACCAACAACAGGAGCAUUUGCUCAGGAGCGCGAGGUCUCCUCACAUCCACGCAGAGCAGCAAGAGCUUUUUGUUCCUGAUCCUGGCAGACAGCAGGAAAAGAAAAAGGGCUCAUGUUAUCCACCGUCCUCUUACAAGUUCCUCUUGACUGUCAGCAUGCUGCAGAAGAGCUGCAAGCCAUCCUUUGACCGCUCUGCUACAAAGCAUCCUGCAGCAAUCGGGAAAACAUUGGAACAUCUGCUGCAUCAGCAACAAAAAAGACAAAUAUACCUACCCCCUCUGCAACAAGAAAAGGAUCUGAUGGCCCAGUUCCAACGUGUGAGAUCUCGCAGUGGUUCUCUGACUAUGAAAAGGAUUUCUGUACCCUUUGAAACUAAAAUGCUGCAACUCAAGCUGAAAAAUUCUUUGCAUGGACCCACUGUGAAUUCCUCCAUUCCUGCUCCCCGCAUUGUACAUCUCAAGACUUGUGGUGCUUUGCUACAAGAAAAGAAAGCUCAUGGUGCUCACAGUAAAGGCACUUCUCUCCCUGAAGAGAGGGUUCAGCAUAGCAGUCGCUAUACAGCUUCUGAACGGAUCAAAUCUACGCGUGCAAAGAUCCCACAAAUGAAAGAUGAAGCAGUUUAUAGGGGAAAAAAACCCUUUUGCCCAUAUGCUGCAGAUCCUUCUCAGGCUGACAACGGGUUCAGGCUUCUGACAGGAAAGCAGAUGGAAGCACGUGCUGCAGCAGCUGUAGCUCAGAGUCAGGCAAACCAGGCAAAGCUCUUAGAAGAUCAUCAAAAAGCACGCAAGAAGGCCUGGUUAAGGAAAACUAAAGGCCUACCUACAGACUCUUUCACUAAGGAGGGGAAGAUAGUUGCUCCUGAACUUGGACUUAAUACAUUUAUCUGAGAUAACCCAUUAGUCCAACAAAUCACCAGUAUCUGAGGAUUCUGGGGCUUCUCUAAUGUAACAGCUUCCUUGGGUAUCCAGCUGAGCCUGUCAUGUCAAGAUCCCUGCGGUUUCUAUAUAGGUAUGAAAGAUGUCUCUACUGUAAAACUUUAAAAGAGAUAGUAUUGGUACUUUCAACUCUUUCUCACGGCAGUGAAUAGAAUGACUCCUCUCCUGCGUUUUAAGUUGCUAGAUCUGUUGUUACUAUAGAUACAGCACAUUCAAGACUAAUAGACCAAAGACAUGGCUCAACUGUUUGAAUAAAAAUUCUUAAUAUUA